GGCAGAUCGACGGUGCAGCAGCUGUCUCGUCCGCUCAGUUUAACCAUUGCCUUUCCUCGCUGAAGCAUUCUCCUUCUCCAACAUCACGGCCAAGCACAUGAUGACGGGACACGAGUCCAAAGAUAUAUUCACCAUGGCUACUCAUCCGGCGUCUUACCCAGCAGCUCAAAUCCCAGCCCCGCCCCAGCAAGACGAUGUCCCGGUCGGCUAUCAAAAGCCCAGUAAAGAAGAAAUCGAGGCAUUCUACAUUUCUUCGCGCUUGUCGAUGCCCCCUAUGAUUCGGUUGCCGCUCGCCACAAUGCUGUCUUUUGGCACUGGCUUCCUUGUCGGAGCAGGGCACGGCAGCAAAAUCGCCAGUCUCCAGUUCCGCGCCGAGCAUGCCCACAAGCUGCCCUCGACCGCCACCGGCUGGUACCUGUACCACAAGAGCAAGAAUUACAUCGCAGCCCGCGGAGGCCUACGUGAGGGGUUAAAGAUGGGAACCAAGAUUGGUGUCUGGACUACGGCUGUGUUUUCCAUUGAGCACAUGUUUGACGAGUAUCGCGGCACUGCCGAUCUGUUCAACACUGUGACGUCCAUGGUGACUUGUGCUGGAGUCUUUAGCCUCUGGAACCGUUACUCAUUGCCCCUCGCAGCCCGAACCACCAAGACAGCCCUCGUGGUCGGUACCCUCUACGGCGGAAUACAAGACAUCCUGGCGGCUAAGAGGGGCCGCCGUCUGCAGUACGUCGAGUAUAUCAAGCGCAAGAUCAGGACCUUGAAGCAAAAGGCAUGA